AUGCCUACGUUACAGGUAUCUCCCUUAGGCUUAGUGCCCAAAAAAGCACCCAAUGAAUAUCGAGUAAUCCAUCAUCUAUCUUAUCCAUCAGGUAGUUCUAUUAAUGAUGGGAUUGACCAAGCAGAUAGGUCAGUUUCAUAUCAAACAGUGGAUGAUGCUGUUCAGUAUAUAAUACAGUACGGAGCAGGAACUUUGAUGGCAAAAACAGAUAUUGAACAUGCCUACAAAAUAGUACCCAUCCAUCCUCAGGAUUAUGACUUGUUAGGUUUUAAGGUGGGGAAUCAGUUUUAUUAUGACCGUACUCUUCCCAUGGGUUUGAGUUAUUCCUGUCAGUUAUUUGAAAAGUUUAGUACAGCUAUUCACUGGAUCCUAGAAAACAAAUUUAAAAUCGAAGGAUGCGUUCACAUUUUGGACGAUUUCUUAUUUUUAGGACGCCCUAACACAACUGAAUGCAAACGGAACUUGUUCACAUUUUGUGAGGUCGCAGCAGUGUUAGGUAUUCCUAUCAAAGAGGCUAAGACAGUGCCUCCUACAACAGUCAUAACAUUUCUAGGCUUAGAAUUAGAUUCUGAGUCUAUGGAAAUAAGGUUGCCCCAGGACAAGUUGGUUAAGCUUAGAGCUGAAUUACUGGCUAUGUCCAACAGGAAGAAAGUUACACUUCAUCAACUUCAAUCCUUGAUUGGUUUGCUCAAUUUCGCUUGUUCGGUAGUUGUCCCAGGUCGUACAUUUUUACGUCGUCUAAUAGAUCUCACAAUGGGACUUACAAAUCCUCAACAUUUCAGACGCUUAAACCUAGAAGCCCGUGCUGAUAUCGCGGCGUGGUUGGUGUUUAUUGAGAAUUUCAAUGGCCGAGCAUUGUUCCUUCCAGUGGAAUUUGUAACAUCCCAGUCUUUGGAAAUGUACACUGAUGCUAGUGAUUUAGGAAUGGGGGGAUUUUUCGGAACACAUUGGUUCUGUCAGGAAUUUUCCCCUGAGUGGCUUACUUUUCCAAUUACAGUACGCGAAUUUCUUCCAAUAGUUAUCGCCAUUGAGAUAUGGCAUGACAAGUUAAGGAACAAGCGUAUACAGUUUUUCUCUGACAACAUGGCAGUUGUGUAUAUAAUCAACAAACAUACCUCCAAAAACCCCUCUCUCAUGAAACUCAUGCGAAGGUUCAUGGUUAAUGUUUUGAAGUACAAUAUUUUGUUCCAAGCUGUACAUGUGCCAGGUCUACAUAACAUAGCAGCGGAUCAUCUUUCUCGUUUACAGAUGGAGCAGUUUUUCCAACAGUUUCCACACAUGGACAAAGACCCCACCCAUAUACCACCUCAUCUGUUGACUCUCUGA